GUAAACUAUCCAGUAAUAUGGCAGUGAUGAAGCAGCAGUUUGUACUCCUGCUUUUCACUGGAGUACUUUCCCUCGUCCUGUCUGUCCCUUGUAAGUAUCAUCUGAUACAGCAGGGGAAAACAUGGAAUGAUGCUCAGGCAUACUGCCGAGCUAAAUACAUUGACCUGGCAACCAUCAACGGUAAAGAGGACAUAGUCAACUUUCGCAAUGAAGCACAGACACAAAAAUUCAGUUCCAGUGCAUGGAUUGGACUGUACACUAAUAUAAACAGCUGGCAUUGGUCCUUUACUAACGAACCUCUGGGCAGUUUUACAGUCUGGGAUAAUACAGAGCCUAACAACUAUGUGGGAAAUGAAGAGUGCGUUUUUAUAGUUAAGGGGUAUUGGUAUGAUGCACCAUGUGAAUUAACACUAAGCUUUGUGUGUUUUGACGAAAGUAUCACUGGAUCUGGCAGCUACAUUUUAAUCGCUGUGGCUAUGAAGUGGACUGAUGCUCAGAGUUACUGUAGACAGAAGUACACAGACCUGGCCAUUGUGAGAGAUGCAACAGAAAACUCAAUCAUAGGGGGAAAAAACAGUGGGCAGUGGACUUGGAUUGGACUCAGCAGAGACCCCUGGAAAUGGUCAGACCAGACUAUUUAUUCGUCCCCCACUGUGUGGUUAUAUGGGGAUAAAAAUGAUUACUUGCAGAAUAAAAGUUGUGGCUUUUUAUCUAACAGCAUUGGUGAUGUAGCACGGUGCUCAGACAGUAUGCCUUUCUUCUGUUACUCUUUCCCAGAUCAACUGCACAUCAUAAGAAUGAAGGUGAAGUCCAGUCAGGAUGUGAACGAUCCUGCAAUAAUGGCAUCCGUGAUGAAGAAGAUCAAGCAGAAACUGACAGAUCAUGGAAUCAUGGCUGAGAACAUCACUGUGAAAUGGAGAGGGCAGUCAGAUGGAGUGGUCUUUCACAAGGACAAGGAAAAUAUGAUUAGUUCUCUGAAUAACACUAGUCAGCAACAUUGCUAGAAUGCAUCUUUACUUAAGCUUAAGUUAACAAUGAUGUCUUUGCAUAUGCACAUUACAGCAAAAUACACCAUAUAGUGUGAUAUUUGAUGUGUUUGGAUUUUUAGCUUAAGUAUAAAUGACUAAUAGUAAAAAUUAA